AUGGCAGAGCGUGUUGAAAGCGAUGACUCGAGCAUGAGUAUCUUCCUGGAUGAUAUCGAAGGCAUGGACGACACCUGCAUCUUCGACGACAUCAUUCCAGAAGAGGAAGAGAAUUGCCUUGAGGAUCCCGGUGAGCAACGAAAGUUCAAGUUGGCGACGAAGGAAACUCGGAAUGUGUUGAUCCUUAGGAUCGCAGUUUCUUUUGUUCUGCUGUGUGGAGCUCUCGGGAUAUCCUUGACCGUAUUUAGAUACAGCAGAGAGAACGAAAAGCAAGCUUUUGAGCAAGCUUUCGCGGACAGCAGUCGCAAGCUUGUCGACCACUUCCUUUUGAAUGCCAAACGUCGCGUUGAUGCAAUCAACAAUCUUGCAACGGCCAUAACAUCGCACGCACUGUCUUCCCCAGACAGAUGGCCAUUUGUAACCAUUCCAAACUGGGAGAGACGAGUAACCGGUGUCUUGGACCAAGCGCAGAUUAUUUCACUCACUCUAAUGCCAAUUGUCACAAACGAGACGCGUCCCAUGUGGGAAACAUAUUCAGUCUACAAGCAAGAGUGGUUCUUAGAAAGCAUGACAGUUCGCCGAGAAGAGCAAGUGGCACUGAAGGGCGAGGACACUGUGGCAAGAGACGAAGCAGAGAGCUUGACAGCAUUGGAAGCUGUUGGAGAUGGAUUGGACAAGACCUUCCGUAUCAAUCCAUCCAUUUAUCGAAUAGAUGGAUUGAACGCAGCACCGGAGACUACAGAUGGCCCUUAUCUUCCAGUAUGGCAGUUUGCGCCAAGUAUUCCUAUAUCCGACGUUGUGAACUUCAACACACUCUCUCACCCUUCCUACGCGUUGGAGGCGGCCAGCUGCAUGGCACAUCAGACUACUGUGAUUGGGAGAGCUUUUGACUUCUCAAAUGAGACCAACCCUGAAGUUGCGGGUAGAAAGGCAUUCUUGAAUCUCUUUCUCAACCGUUGGAGGAAUGGUGGCAACGACUAUGAGGAUGGUCCAGUCAGCGACCUGUAUUUGCCCAUCUUCAACGACUUUUCGAAGGACAAGACCAUUGUCGGGGUUCUACUUGCUAAUGUCUACUGGCAGAUCUACUUCUCCGACGUGCUUGCUGAGAAUGCUCAUGGUGUCGUAGCAGUUCUCGAGAAUCAAUGCUUGGGACCCCCCUCGCAAUCCUUCACUUACAUCAUCCAUGGGGAAAAGGCUCGCUAUGUUGGAGCAGGCGACCUGCAUGACGUACAAUACGAUUACCUCGAAGCAGAAACAGGGUUUGGAGCCUUUCUGCCGGGAGAAGGCCGAGAAGGAAUUGACUACAAUUGUAUCUACAACGUCAGGGUCUAUCCGUCUAACGAAAUGCAACGGGGUUUCUUCACGAACACUCCUUACGUCUUUGCUGGAUCUGUACUGGUCGUGUUCGUCUUCACAUCUCUGAUCUUCCUGACGUAUGAUCGAUGUGUUCAGAGACGGCAAAGGGUUUUGAAGAAGACUGCAGAAGAUUCAAACGAAGUGCUCGCAUCUUUCUUCCCUCCAAUCGUCAGGGAACGUUUGUUUGGACCGCAGACGUCGGCAACCCUGUCUGACAGCUCAACCACUCGUAGAUCUAGCAGCACGGCAAUGUCCAAGAGCCUCACUCGAAGAUCCAGCACGUCUUUCAGCGUCUCCAACAAACAUACCAAACGUCGUCAAUCCAGCAUGCCCGAACUCUCACCAAGCUAUGACCUGGAAGAGGUGGUAGUCGACGACUCUCUACCAAUCGCAGACCUCUACGAGAAUUGCACCGUCUUCUUUGCGGAUAUCGCGGGAUUCACGGCCUGGAGUUCCAAGCGACAACCAGGUGAAGUUUUCAAGCUUCUGGAGACUUUGUACGGGUCUUUCGACAGGGCGGCCAAGCGCAUGGGAGUUUUCAAAGUCGAAACAAUAGGCGACUGCUAUCUCUGUGUUACUGGCCUCCCAUCGCCCCAGGUGCUGCACGCGGUUAUCAUGUCAAGGUUCUCCGCCCGGUGUCUAGUUGAAAUGACACAGGUAUGCAACAAGUUGGUGGCUUUGCUAGGGGAAGAAACUGCGACGCUGGGAUUGAGAAUCGGUCUUCACAGCGGCCCGGUUACAGCAGGCGUGCUGAGGAACGACAAGUCGAGAUAUCAACUUUUUGGGGAUACUGUCAACACUGCAGCACGGAUGGAAAGCAACGGCCAAAAGGGUCGCAUCCAGAUUUCUCAGCAAACUGCAGACCUUCUCAGAGAAGCUGGCAAGGGUGAUUGGGCGCGGCCUCGGAAAGGCCAGAUAGAAGCAAAAGGACAAGACUUGGAGAUUCUCCUCCCCUUCCUCCUCCUAUCAAUCCAAGUCGGCGAUGCUCCAUGUAACUCCUUUCACAUACGAUCAUCUAAUGACAUACAGCUUGAAUACACCAUAUGA